AUGGGCCCUGUGUCAACGACACUGAAGUCACCAAGUCUCGCUGGUUAUGACAGCGAACACGGGCAGAGCCCAACUUCGUCUCCCGCACGCGGUGCGAUGUCGGACAGUGCGUCCGCGGCAUCGAGGGAUGUACAGCCUAGACUCGAUGAGCACGAGCGUCGCGCUCUGCGCACACUAUCAGUGACGAGUGACCUCGUUGGGGAUGUGGAGGUGGUCGACUACGAGUCUGAUACUCGUUUUCCCGCGUGGGAUGACAAGGAAGGCGAGCCGCGCAAGCGGUGUGGUACGAGCCCUGCUCGCGCCUUGCGGACCUCAUGUCCGUUUCCUGACCUCUCAUCAACCGAGGAACGUGGUGUAAUAACCAAUGACCUCGACGGGGCACAGCGGCGGCAGCUGGAAGCUGCCCGUAAGGCGGCUCUGAUGCGCGCCUAUCCACGGCCGGUCAUUGACCCUCAUGUGGAAUAUGGCUUCCGCCCGGCAGAUCCCGUUGCGGAAGUGAAGAACGCGGUAUCUCGACCAUUACGCCACUACAUCAUCGGACUCUUGGCCAUUACGGAAGAUGAGCUUGUCGAACGUUUUGCCGAAGUAGCACCUCAAGAUUUCACAAGUUCUCGGAGUCGAGGAAUCCCCGCCACUUCACAAGAUAUUGGGUUUGACUUUGUCGACGACGUCGACCCACAAGUGGUUCCACAUGAUAGUGGACACCACCGUUCUCGUCAAGAAGAGCUGGCGUUGGACAAUGACGACUUGGUCGAUCGCCGUCCGGUGACUCGCGAUGGUCUUCGAGCUCAUGCGGACAAGGUCCGUCGCCAUCGGGACUUCGCUGAGCAUCAUGUUGAGGUCGCAUACCGCUGUGUGGAAGACCUCAAGAGCUUGGAUCACGUCGUGCACCAACUGUCUCACGUUAAGGACUAUCGCGCUCUAUCGGAGCGGCUCCUAGCCGUCGAGCAGGCGAAUGCGUCACUUCGUGCGACGGUGGAGCACCCGGCGCCGUUGGAAACGGAGUUCGUUGCACACCGUGCUCAAUCCCAGUUGCAGGCUCAGCUUAUGGGUGACCAAGCGCCUUUGGGCGCCUCCCCGGCACCAACGCUUCCGCGUUCACUUGCGCCGGAUUCCGGAACGGCUUAA